AUGGCCGCCUCCACUACAAACUCUCCUUCGACUGGUGAAGUUAUCUUCACCAACAACACAAACACACUCUUCAACGUCAACACUGCCAACGUCACUAAGCUUAAUGAUACCAACUAUCUCAUGUGGAGUCUCCAAAUCCAUGCCUUGAUUGAUGGCUACGAGCUCUCUGGUUAUCUCGAUGGGUCUACAAAACCUCCUCCUCCCACUGUCACGGUGAAUGACACAACUACACCAAAUCCUGAUUUCACGAUCUGGAAGCGUCAAGAUCGUCUCCUCUUUAGUGCUCUCUUGGGUGCUAUGGCCACUUCUGUUCAACCGUUGGUGUCCCGUGCUACCACUACUGCUGAUGCAUGGGCAACUCUUGCUGAUACGUUCGCCAAAGCUAGCCGCAGUCAUUUUAAACAAAUCAAAGAUCAGAUGAAGUUCUAG